GUGCACUGAAACAGAAUCAUGAUCAGAGUCAACUUUGACUUAGUUUCGAAGAAAUAGAUCUAGUAAACGGCGUCGAAUUUAUUGUCUGUGACAGAAUUUCUCGAUUUUAGUGACACAGAAGACCAGAGCCGGCUGAGUCACUGUCCUAUAAGUUUGGCCCUCAAACAAAACAUCUAAAUAUCCAGCAUGGAUACUAUCGAACACUCUGACUUUCAGAAACAUGCCAAACUUGAAGCUGAGUACCAAACUCGCUUCUUACGAUGGUCAAAACUGCGGACUAUUGUAGAACGAUGGGAACAAUCACAAAAUCAUUUUCCUCUUGACGAUGCUCGAAAAGCAAAGCUCCAGUCUCUCAAAGCCCAGGUUGAAGACGCUCAGAAGCAACUUGAUGCGGCUCAUGCUCGACGUGCGGAGAACGGAAAUUCAUCCCUCACUCCGCUCCUGACAUCCGUGGAGAACCAGGAGACUAAAAUUCAGGAACUCCAGAGACUUUCUAACGAACUCGAUCUGAAAUUAGUAGAGGCAGCGGCGCUGAAAAAGGAAGCGGAGAACAAGCCAUUGACUUCCGCAGAGCGCGUCGUAUCCAAUGAUGCUGACACUGAGACUCGUCCCAACUCAUCCAAACGAAGGCGUACCGAUGCUGGCUAUGAGGAUUCUGCUGCUGCUUCCUUGGCACGAACAAAGGAGGAGAUAAGUGGUCUUCAUGUUACUUUAAGAGAAGUCUUGGAACGCGUUUCGAUUGUCGAGAAUAACAUCGCCUCACAGGAAACAGAGGUGCGAGAGGUGAUGCAAGCAUAUCAUGCCCAGGGGGAAGCAGGAGAGUCUUCGAUUGUCAGUCCGCUUGAGGCUCGUACCAGUCAUAUGCAGGAGCAGAUGGACGAUAUUGCAAUGAAUCUCACUGAGCUUUCCGAGUGGAUCGCAGAACUAUAUAUCGACAACUCGAGCAUAGAUGAGAGGCAUAAAGAUAUGAUUGCAAAGAAGGAAGGCGAAGAAGCAGAAAUUCGAGUCCUGCUAGCACGUGUGGAAGAGCAUGAAAAAAGUCGCGCCAAAGACAGAAACGAAAUUGAGACACUUUCUGCGGCUCUGACUGCUUACUACGAAAAACCGGUUUCACCACCUUCUUCCCCCUUCGACCCCGAAACCGUUGUGCUGGAUAUGGAAGAACAAAUCAAAGAACUAGUCCGCAAUGCGAUCAAACCCCACGUCGAAGAAACACGAACUACCUUGUCAGAGGAUUUGCAAAAGUAUGAUUCCGAACUCUAUCGUUCGCUUUGGAAGAAGCUUUCCAUGACCAACCAAGUCAUUGCCGCUGUAUCUGAGGCUACAACCCGACCGCCUACUUAAAUUCGAGGACUCGAUGCUUAUGAAGAAUCAAAUCAGCCUUGUUCUCUAGGGGUUUCUUACAACAUACCGGCCUGCACUACCUGCACAUUUUUUGGCCUCGUUGUUCACAGACCGCAGUGUGCAGUGAGCGACGUUGACGGCAUCAAUUUGUUUCAAUCUAGGUCAAAGAUGCAGCAUACGAUUAUCCCCAAUUUUGCAUUUCUCGAUAGUUAGUCGCGGCAUUUAGGAUGUAUGUACAAUCAUUACCUCAAAUUCGAAUGUGUUACUGGAUCU